UGAUAACAAAUUAAGAUUUCCUCCCACAGGACGCAGUGUGAUAAUUGAAGUAGUUAAAACUAUAUAAUACGUUACAUUCUAAGAACAUGGCGGAUUCCGACAAAGUAACAAUUUACUGUGGACCUUGUGAGUAUGAAGAUACAACUAAGUUUGCAUCAAAAUGGUGCUCUGAUUGUGAGGAGGGGUAUUGUGACGAAUGUUUACGAGUGCAUAAAGCUGCAAAAAUGUCCAGACAUCACCAUUUGAUAGCAGUUACAGAAUAUCAGAAGGUUGAACAAUUGGCCAUUUUACAGGUGUGUCAAGUUCAUCAAAAAGUGUUUGAAUAUUUUUGUCCAGGGCAUGACAGCUUGAUUUGUAUUUUAUGUGUUAAGUCAGAGCAUAGUACAUGCCCGGAUCCCUUGUCAUUACAGAAUGCAGCAAAGGGAGCUAAAACAUCUACUGCAUUAUCCAACUUGGAACAAAAUAUUGACAAUUUAUUGGACAAUAUCGAAAAUGGAAUUAAGAUCCAAGACAAGAAUCUGAGUGAUAUUUUAGAAAGCGAAGAAAGUAUAAAAAAUGAAACAAAGGCAAGACAUCGAGAAAUUAUUCAGUUUUUUGAGAGACUUCUUGAAAAAACCUUGACCGAGGUGACAAUACAAUUCCGAGAGUGUCAAAAAGAAAUAUCGUCAUCAAAAAGUACAUUAAUAAAAAAACAAACACAGAUACGAAAUGUGAAGGAUCGACUUCUUCAGAUGAAGACAUGUUUAUCUGAUGUCCAAUCCUUUAUCGGUGUGAAAAUGAUGGCUGGAGGAGGUUUAGACGAGGAAAAACUAGCAGUUAACUCUUUAAUUACUCACCUUCCAUUGUGUUCUCUUGAAUUUGAACCAAAUUUGACAAUUAAAACAAGUAUAGAGAACAUAAAAACAUAUGGCACAACUAUUAUGGCUACAACAAAAGGUUGCGCAUCGUUUGUCGAACCAAAUGUAGAACAGGCACAACUCAAUUCCAUGACUGUAAAUAGUGUAGAUAGUAUCGAAUUACAGCUACGAACAAGGAUUAAUCUGAAAUGCAAACCGUGCAUAAUAACUAGCUGUUUGAUAUUGCAAGAUAAACAAAUAAUGAUUUUGGACAAAACAAAAAAACGUUUGAUGAUUUAUAAUGAGAAAGGAUCACAUGAUCGUGACAUCGCGGUUAACUUAGAACCAUAUGAUGCAACCAUCAUAAAUCAUCAUACAAUAGCCGUUACAUUUUUUGAUCACAAAAAUAUUGCCAUCGUCGACACCAAAUCUGAUAGAAUUCUACGGGAUAUUGAAACCGGUGUGAAAAAGAGCUGUUGGGGAAUAUCACACGAUAAUGGGAAGUUGUAUAUUGUAUCAUAUGGUGAAGGAAUACAUGUUCUAGAUCUUCAUGGACGGAUAAUUAAGAAAAUUAAAGUAGAUGUCGAUAAGGUAUCUCAUCUCGUGAAUAAUUUUGGAAAUAUUAUUUGUUCAGACCAUUUAGGCAAACAUAUUUCUUUAGGCGCAGCUAAAGGCCAGACUUGGCAUUACUCUAGUGAUAAACUAAGCCAUCACAAGGGUUUCUCGGCUAGCAUCACAACGGACCAGAAAGGAAAUGUAUAUGCAGUUGGGGAUCAGUUUAAUGUCCUCCUCAUAGCGGUAUCAAAAGAUUGCAAUACUGACCUUGGUAACGUGACUGGAAGAGACUAUUAUUUGGAACAUCCAAAAGCAGUUUAUUACAGUGAAAAUCACAAACUGGUAUUGAUAUGCAAUAGAGAAAAUGGACAGGCAGCUUUAUAUGACGUUCGUUUUUAA